ACGCACUACUCUCUCUCUCUCUCUCUCUAUAUAUCCCUUUCGCUUCUCGUUUCACUGCGUGUGGUAUCGAGCCUUUUCGAGGCUCAGCCGCUCAGCUUUUAAAAACUCAAUUCUCCUUUUCUUUAAUGCCUGUAGAUCCCUGCAAGGAACCAUGUGCUGACUCCCGAGGAAAGAAAGAAACUUCACACCACCCAUCUCAGUACAAAACACAAAUCCAAUCCCCCUCCCCCCUCUCCCCUCUCCCCUCUCCCUCUCAUCCAUGGAGAGUCCCAGAUUCGAACCAGAGACUCAAACCCCUACACCCCAUCCAAUCCUCUCACCGAGCAGUAGUGGGAGGAGAAGUAGCGCUUCUAACUCGCCGGAGUUCGAAUUCUGGAUGGUCAGAAACCCAUCCUUCCCACAACCUAACCUCCUCUCCGCUGAUGAAUUAUUCGUUGACGGCGUCCUUCUCCCUCUUCAUCUCCUUUCUACGUACCAUUCCGACCCAACUGACUCAGAAUCCAAAGCCAAUCCAGAAACACCCGAUCCACAAACAGAACCAAAGCCAGAGUCAGAGCCAGAACCAGAACCCGGACCAAGACCAGAGUCAUCAGCCGCGUUGCCCGAGUCAGCACCAUCCGUGGUAUCAACAUCCAAGCGGUGGAGAGACAUUUUCAGGAAGGGUGAAAAGAAAGCAGCAGGCGCAGCAACCUCCACAACCACCAACAGCCACGAGGACAAAGAAAAAGACAGAGAUAAAGAGAAGAAGAAAGAGAGAAAGAGCAGCAGUGGCGCGAGCGCUGCGGAGCUCAACAUCAACAUAUGGCCAUUCUCCAGGAGCCGUUCGGCUGGAAAUAGCGGCAACCGCCCGAAAAUGGCAGCUAAUGGGGCGGCUACCCGGAAGGUGAGUAGUGCCCCUUGUUCACGCAGUAACUCGACGGGCGAGUCCAAGUUCAGGAAGUGGCCGAGUAGCCCCGGUCGAGGUGGGGUCCAUUUGGGGAGGAGUAGCCCGGUUUGGCAGGUACGGCGUGGAGGCACUGGCGCGAGAAGCUCCGAGCCUCUGCUUCGGAAUGCCGAUAAGGGGUCAAAGAAGGAAGGAUCAGAGACUCGCCGGAGUAAGAAUGUUGUCGGCGGUGGUAUUGGUGGACGAAGUGGUGGCGGUGGAGCCAGAGCUAGGGUUUUGAAUUUGAAUGUUCCGAUGUGUAUAGGCUAUCGUUCUCAGAUGAGUUGUAGAAGCGAUGAGAAUAGCGGCGGCGGCGGUGAACAGAGCAACGGCGGUGGCCCCGGUAACGGUGGAAACGGGGGUAACCUCUUUAGCCUCCGCUCCCUCUUCUCUAAGAAGGUCUAUUAAAAGCUUUUAUUAACCACAGGAUUCUACUCUAAGGUCUACACCUAUUACUGCUUGGUUUUUCCCUUUUUCUUCUCUCUUUGUGCGUAAAUACCAUUCCGUGUAAUUAAUUUAACUUUUUUUAAUCUGAAAUCUGAAUUACUUCUUUUA